AUGGAGGCGGCGGCGGCCCCGGUCCCGGGCGGCGGCCCCGGUACCCUGCUGCUCUGCCUGGCCCUCGCCUCCGGCUUGGCGUGCUUUGGCUGCGUGGGUGCCGACACCAAUGCCACCGAGGGGCUCAGCUGCGGCACAGCCAAGGGAUGCACAGGGAACGGGACGCAGCUGCGGCGGCACAGCCACUUCUCCCGGUGCCCGGAGGAGUAUCAGCACUACUGUGUCAAAGGGAGGUGCCGCUUCCUCGUGGCCGAGGAGGCGCCGGCUUGUGUGUGCGAGCGGGGCUACACCGGGGCUCGCUGCGAGAGGGUGGAUCUGUUCUACCUGCGAGGGGACCAGGGCCAGAUCGUCAUCAUCUCCCUCAUCGUCGGCAUUGUCGCCCUCAUCAUCCUCGUCGUCGGCAUUUGCCUCUGCAGCCACCACUGUCGGAGGCAGCGUAGGAAGAGAAAGGCAGAAGAGAUGGAAACGUUAAACAAGGAUGGACCUUCCAGAAGUGAAGAUGUGCGGGAAACGGGCAUCGCGUGAAGGAGCUCCCGGUACCUGCGGGCGGGUCCCGGACGGCAGCAGCGGUUGGCUCCAUGGGCGAGGGCUAAAACGUGCGGCGGUUUGAAUAAAGGGGUGGCGGAAAGGUGUCCCCGUGUCGCCAAUGUCCUUGCGGGGGCGGGGACUGCGCUGCCGCGCCGCGGCCGCCAGACGGCGACACUGAGCAGGGGCGGCCCACCCGCCAUACCCGCGGUGGCCACGGGAGGGCGCCACAACCGCGGCGCCUCCGCCCCGCUCCCGGUCCCGGUCCCGGUCCCGGUCCCGCUCCCGGUCCCGGUCCAAGCGGCUCUACCGGGCUCGGGUCCCGUUCCGGGCGGCCUGAGGGCCGUGCUGGAGCUGCUCCCAUUGCAGCCGCGCCUCUCCGCAAGGACCGAGCCGAGCUCAGCGUCCCCGGGCGCUCUCCCGGUUCCCGACUACCGGCGGGAGAGGGGAGGGACCGGGUGAGGGAAAGCGGGCAAAAGUGGUGGAGAACCGGGGCAGAACUGGGUGAACCGGGGCCGUUGGCUCCCGUCGCCCCCGCGCUGCGGGCUCUGGUGCCUGGAGUUGCGGCGCGGAUCCUGCCCGUGGCUCUGAGAGCGGGUUUGGGCACCGACCCUCUGCGGGGGGACAGCAUCAGCUUCCCGGGAUGGGGCCGGGUGUCCCUGGUGUCCCCCACGCGGGAGGUGGGGACGCGGUGGAGCUCCCGAUUCCCGGCCCGGUGACCGGUCCCGGUGGGGCUGGAGUCUCCGGGAUAACCGGUGACCAUCCCGGUGACCAUCCCGGCCCCGGGCUCUGUUCUCCCGGCACGGGCACCGGCUGGGCUCCUCUGCCCGAGCAGGACAGACCCUUCCAGCCUGGCACGGCUUUGCCACGGAUGGGAUGUGCCCAAACUGGUGAGAGUGGGAGCAGCUGCUGGGCAAACUGGUUUGCACCGGGGUCCAACCCUUUGCUCCUGCCCAUGCUCAUCCUCACGGGUGGAUGCCUGGCAGCAGUAGGGACUUGGGGAUGGCUCUGGGGCUGUGUAAAGCCCUGCCGUGACUGAAAACCUUCUUUUUCAGCUCCAAGCGUGGCCAUGGUGAGAGCUGAGGCCACCCCAGGGAUCUGCACCGGCGAUUCCAGCUGGAUACGGGGGGCCACGGCCACCCCGGUGGUGCCAGUCCCUCGGGAAUGUUGGUGCCCAAGCGAUGCCACGUGGCUGUGCCAAAGGGUGGGGAGGGCUCAUCCCAAGGAGCGUGGCCCUGAGGUGCCAAGGGACAUUUUUUGGGCUCCUAUUUCAGGGAUGCAGGAUGGGGAAGUGGAUUCUCCAUUGCACACAGCUGCUGGAAGCUCUGCUGUGAGCUGAGUGGCACCAGCAGCACCUGUGAGCUGAUUCCCCCUCUAUAAAUGCUGCUGAUCCCCAGGCUUUGCUGGGCCUGCCUGGAGGGAGCAAAACCAAGAGAAAAAAUGCUUGCUGUUUCCUUGGGGAUGUGCUGUACACAGUCUGGGAGACAAAUAAAAUGAACAGGAGGU